GCUUAUGUAAGAUAUGUCCGUGGAGGCAUCAGUUUCAUUCGGUCUAUCAUACUACACUGGUCUUCUGUGCACAGAAGGUAGCUAUAUGAAGGAUGUUGCCGCUUUGACACGAGCUCUAUACUAUGGCGAUCUCCGCGACCUCUUCCAGUCUCUCUGUUCUCUUCUCCACACUGUGCAUUAUCGACCUCUUCGGCGUGUUCCCCAUCGUUGCCCUGCCGCGAGCCAUCAUAGGAUGCGGGUGGUUAGGAAUACCCUUGGCGCUGUGCAUCUUCGGCGUGCAAGUUUACACGGCAAUUCUGCUCGGCCGGUGCUGGCUUAUUGCUGAGCAGCUUAACCCUGAAAUAGCACACAAGAGUAGAUAUCCGUACGCUGCUAUAGCCGAAAUGACAUUUGGUGAAGGGGCGAGCAUAAUGGUCACGUACUUGUUGGACCUCACAGUGUUUGGAGGUGGGAUCCCUAACCUCCUUGUCGCGUCUCAGAAUCUGCAGAUGCUGGGAUUGAAGGCUUCCCAGUGGAACUUCGACUUCUCCUUCUGCUACUGGAUGCUAAUUCUGGGCCUGGUGCUAUGCCCCAUCAUGUGGCUGGGUAGCCCCAAAGACAUGAAGUGGGUGGCGCUAACUAGUGUGGGUACAGUGCUGAGUGUAUCUGUGCUGACGUGGACAAGUUUGCUGACUGCUGAACCAAUUGUCUCUCCGCACAUCCCCGGACCCUCUUGGGAGGCCUUUUGUAUAGCCUAUGGCAUUCUUGCUUUUCAGUUCGACAUCCAUCCAGUGAUCUUAACGGUGCAAGUAGAUAUGGCCGAGAAGAAAAAGUUGGGCCAUGCCAUCCUUGGUGCCUUUUCUGUGACCGGGAGCUUGUUCUUGGUUACGUGCCUGAUCGCCUUCUUUCGAUUUGGGGACCGAGUGCGCUACAAUCUCCUUCAAGGUCUACCUCCCAGUGGAGCCCUCCUAGCUGACGAGCUAUUGGUAACCGUGCAGAUCUGUCUCUCCAUGGUGGUCAGCGGCACCGCCCUCUUCCAGGAUGUCGAGCACAAGCUGGGGGUUCCCAAAGAGUUCACCUGGAAGCGGUGUGUGGUGCGCUCUUCUCUGGUCCUCCUCGCUGUCCUGUUGGGAGAGACUGUACCACGCUUCGACCUGGUGAUGGGUCUGAUAGGAGGAGCUCUGACCGGCCCUCUCAUGUUCAUCUUGCCACCCCUCUUCUACGCCAGACUGCGGGCCAUGCAGCCUCAGCCCGUGAUGGUGGCGGUGGGUAGUACUACCUUCCGCGGCCUCCGCAGCAACCUGGCGACCAUCCUAGACAUCCAUACCUCAGUUGACGGCUUAGAGGAUUUGCGGUCACGGGCACUCUCUGCGGACAACUACGGUACCUUCGUCAACUCCACCACGACCUCGCCACACAACAGGGACGAGAUCUUCGACAGUCCGCGCGCCCACCUGCUGCAGAACGCGUCGUACUUCAGGGACCGUGUGUUGAGUCUGGUCUCUGUGGACAACUACGACGCCAUCGGUCCCAUGCGAUUCUGGGAGAAACUCUUCACCGCUUGCCUCGUGUUUGCCGGGGUCGUCACCACCGUCCUCAGCACCUUCUACACCCUCCGUGGCACCAUCGAGUACGCCACCUUCGUGCCACCCUGCAUAGUCAACGUCACAGUGGCGUCGCGGGCUGUCAUUGACAACGCCUUCUAGAUUAUUGCGUCGAUUUCUUCAUCCAAACUUUUAAUCAUUGCAUCUUUGUCAAUUCUACGUUAUUUAUAAUUCUUUUAAAUUACAUUUUUUUAUUAAGUAA